UACACGUCUGGGUUUCUCGGGAAAGCGGUACUUGACGCAAAUGGAAAACGGGCAAAUGGGCCGCGGUCGUUCCUUUCGCCGCCGGUUUGCGCUUAUUGCCUUAUAAGGAGAGACAGUCGUGCCUUUCUGCAAUAGGCCGAGCGCCGCUGCCUGCGGGAUCCCUGCACUUUAACCCUUCCGCUGCUGAAUUUUAUUUGGUCUGAUCGCAUAAAACAAUGCAGCGAGGGCGUCGUAAACAAUUACCCCUCCAAAGCGAUGCAUCGAAACGGUAUCCGUGGCGUGGAUGCGAGUGCAAUGAAUCACUGAACAUCUGGAUUUAGAAGGUUAUGGUAGUAAGAAACUCGAUGUCUAGAUUUUUUUUUUAAAUGGUCCGUCUAUAUCAACAUCUAUUUCACUGUAACAGCGUUACAACGUUAGGCACCGCCAUCUCGAUAAACUCCAGUUCUGGUGCCAGACGGCUUUGUGUCGCUUCCACGCAGGGCCUGAGCUGGUUCCCACCGCGAGUCACUCUGCACGCGCUCCGUGCCACGCGAUAACGGAACCGUCUGGUGCCUGUCCUGUCGGGGCUCCCUAAUCACAAAAUGACCCCGCUGGAGUUAAAGCUCGCGGGUAUGAAAGCCCCGACUGGGGGGCGGGGGGGGGUACUGACCUACAUUGACUAACACGUAACCAGGGGGCAUCUUUUUAGAAGCGCGAGAGAGAGAAACAUCCACCAGAAAAUCGCCGCGAUGUGAAAAUGUCCUCUCUUUGUGUGACCUUGACUCGGGAAGGAUAUGGGGAGUGUGUGUUCGGUGUAAUCGAGGGCUCUGCCACUGACCCAUGGCGCAUAUCACAUAAGAGGCUCAGCGCUUAAUGGGAAUUUGUUUCCCUGCUUCGCCGGGACAGCCCGAUAAUAGGCCUUGAAAUGGCGGCAGUGAUAAAUCCGUCUCGAGCAGGCUCUGGCCUUGACGUUGGGCCUGUGGUGAAUUGAUAUUCUUACCAGUGGACCCAAAUGUGUCGUGUGGCCAACUCGUGAAUGCAUUUAUGACGGCCCUGUGCCUGUUUGGCGCAGGGAUGCGAACCGAGUCGGACAUGUCCUGGCUGAAAAUACAAAAACGAAGGCCUGGAAAAGCAGCAACAUUUGAGCCGGUUUAGCGAUUAAGCGCUCUCCCUUUUCACAGCACCUUCUCGCAGCUAGAUCUCGCUUCACAUCCAGAAAGACAAGAGGCAGGCAUGAUGCGUUCAUGGUGUGAUCUCAGCUCGUGCUUUAGAGAACCAGAUGUCCGUGUUAUUCUUUUUUAGAUGUACUUGUCUUUGUCUGAACGUUAUUGAAUGUGGUAUGUGGCCUGUGAUUGUUAUCUGUGUGGAUUCCUUUGUCAUGGGGAUAAGUCUGGGGUUUCAUUCCAACCAAACCUGAAAGUAGCUGACUUCACAUAAUGGCACGACCAAUCAUUGGAGACAGAGUUCAUUUUGCUGGAGAACAAAAAAAACUUUCUUCGCAUGACAACUUUGGUUUUAGGCAACAACAUAGCAAAGAUUCCAAGGUGUGCACGGGCAUCUGUAUGUAAAUCGAUUCAUUGAUUUAGAAAAAAAAAUCAUUCAUGUUCUAUUUAUGCUGGUACUGAUUAACAGUUAAAAAAAACACGUUAAAAUUACCAAGAAAAUGUGAAUUUAUUUGAAGUUAAAUAAUAUUGUAACGGACUGACAUGGUCUGUAAGUGAGGUUACACAUUUACUGAGUUUAGGAGGUUGGCUCAUGUUGAGGGUACAUUAAGGGGGCUCGUUGUUGGAGUGCAUGUGAUGGGGAAACGGUUGGUUUUUAUGGGCAGGCUAUGGCCCACAAUAGCCUAUUUCCUUGUUUGUAAUAAAAUCCUAAGAACAACGUGUUGUCCAGAACUUCCUUAGCGAGAGUUGCUACACAUAUAUAUUAUAGUUAACUCUUGUAGAUUUCCACGACUUGUUACUGUGGCUUCUAUGGCCCUCACUAGAUGAAACGCGCUGUAUUGGUUGCUUGGAUGAAUCUCUUUUCCUACAUCAUAACCAUUAACUCAACAUACGUUCUAAUGUCAACGAAGUCGUGAUCGUAGUGUUUGUUCCUGACAGUACCUGAAGGCAGCAUGGGAACAUCCCUCCGCCCCUGAUACCGCCCCCUUUCUCUGACGUCACUCCAACGGCUAUUUGCAUGGAGUGUUUUCUAGCUGCAGCUUCAACCCGCCUGCAGAACGAGUCUCCGAGGCGAAAGCGAGGGAAGAGGCGCAUUGGAAAUAGGAGGCGGAGGAGGGGGGGGGCUCUUGUGUUUCAGAUCAGCAGCAGCAGUCGGCGGGUGGGGGGCAGAGGGAGACGUCUUGCAAGCGAGGAUAACGUGUCGAAUAGCAAAAACAGAGGGUUACAACAAAAAACAAAAAAAAACAGCAGAGCAGCUGUACUCUUCGUAUAUCGGAAAAUGGAGCUGCCCGCCGCGGGAGAGCACGUCUUUGCGGUGGAGAGCAUCGAGAAGAAGCGCAUCAGAAAGGGGAGGUUUGAGUACCUGGUCAAGUGGCGAGGAUGGUCUCCAAAAUACAACACGUGGGAACCAGAGGACAACAUCCUGGACCCAAGACUACUUGAUGCUUUUCAAGACAGGGAACGCCAAGAGCAGCUGAUGGGAUAUCGCAAGAGAGGACCCAAGCCCAAGCACCUUCUGGUUCAGGUGCCUUCUUUUGCCCGAAGAUCCAGUCUUCUAGCUGGUCUUCACGAGACGUCCCUGGAUGAGGACGGCCGUCAGAAGACCGGCCCCAUCCAGAUGCUGCGUCCCCAGAGCCAGCAGUACCAAAUGAACGGCAAGAAGCAUCAUCAGUACCAGCCGCUGUGCAGGGAGCGAGAGGCGGAGCAGCAACAGGCCAACGGCAAGAAGUUCUACUAUCAGCUCAACAGCAAGAAGCACCACCACUACCAGCCAGACCUCAAGGACCACGAGGCCAUGUUUGUUAAACCGCGGGAGUUAAAAGCUUCCGAGCUGACUAACAAGGGUUACAACCUUCCCCCGGUGCUGCAGCAAAAGUGGGUCCGGGACAAGGACUCCGGCUGCCUGACCAAGGUCAAGGAUAUCGCCAUGGAGCUGAAGAAGCUCCCAGCGGACCUGAAUGGCCACAAAGAGCCGGACAUGGUGGGAGCCAAAGAGGCCGCUGUGACGCAGUCCAACGGCGCAAGCAACGGCAAGCUGAAGAUCGUGAAGAACAAAAACAAGAACGGGCGGAUUGUUAUCGUCAUGAGCAAGUUCAUGGAAAACGGAAUGAAAGCGCCCAAGACUAAAGAUGGUGAUUCUGAAACCGCCGUAAGGCCGCCGCGAGGAACCGACGGCAGUACGGAGAACCACCUCGAGAAGAUGAAGCUGGUCAGCAAGCUCGGCCUCAUGAACGGAUUAGCAAAAAAUCCCAAAGACAAACCAACAGUAGCCAGUUCUGGAUUUAACGAGCGUUGCCCCGAGGAAAAGGAACCGUCCCCCAAGACGGAGCCAUCUGUGCUGGAACAGGAUAAACGUGUCGGGGUCAGAGGGCACGGGCAGCUUUCGACGGAUCAGCCUUCACGAUUGACGACCGAGCCUAAUCCGCUCGCCCGGCCCCUGGAUCGGGGAGGGCCCUCCCCAUUGGACAAAAGAGAAAGCCCAGGUGGAUUUCAAGGACUGAAGCGGCACCUCUCUGACAGUGAGGUUCGCGGGAGUAGUAAGAAGUUUUUGAGCUCCAAGAGUUUGAGCGUUCUCGGCGAGGCGUCUUCGCCCACCCAAAACCUCGACGGCGGCGGCGACCGGAACGGCCCGCCGAGUCACGUUGGGCCGCGGGACUGCGGGUACGCAGACCAGGAGGAGCCCAUCGACCUGAGCGUUGUGAAGUCCAGGCCUGAAGCGCAGACUGCGAGAGCGGCCGAGGCGCGCGCACAGGACCAAACGGACGCUCGGACGGACCCACGGACGGACGCUCGGGGUGAAGCCGAGAGGAGUGAAGAGCAGGAGGACGAUGACUCCUCUUCCGUUCCUGACCACGAGAAAACAAAAGGAGGGACCUUUCCGUCUUUCCAGCCUUUCCUUGGGAAUAUAGUGAUCACGGACAUUACUACAAACUGCCUCACGGUCACAUUCAAGGAAUACGUCACAGCGUAACCGAGUUCCGUAACAACUGUGCAAUUGUGAAAAUGUACAUAAGAUAUUUGUAUUUUCGGAUCUUUGAAUGUACAAAUGGACCCUUGGCGUUGCUUUUGUUUUUUCUAGUUUAAAUUUAGAAAGAAAAAAAAAUCCUUUAUUGCAUUAUUUGCAUAUUUUCUUAUAACUCUGUUAUUGCUGGAAAUCUCCAUUUUGCUAUUUCAAACUUAGGCCAAAUAAAUGUCUGAACUUUGAAGAUGCACUUAACUCUUGUAAAUCUUCUUCACUUGGAUGUCAUUUGAUCUCACACUCAACUGUCCGCAUCUCAGAACAUGUUAAACAAAUGUAGGCUUUAUGGAGAAGUUUGUCAAGAAGAAAAAUAAUUUAGAAACAUGUUAAAAUUCCACUGUGUGUGUGUGUGCGUGUGUGUGCGCAGAUGGACAGAUUUAAAGUAUGCAUGCUGUUUGGACAAAAAAUGCCAUUAGGCACGCUUAAACAAGCAGAUAAAGAAAAAUAAGCGCCUUUCUGUCAAUAGAUAUUUUGCGUUGUUGAAAGGAAAGAUGUGAUCAUUUUUAAAUGAAAUAUUAGUGGUUAAUGUUUAAUAUAUGCUCUUUUUAGUGUGUGUUUUUUUUUGUCUUGCAUCUCGAGAUCUGAUUACUGAGCACAAGUCACUUCCAUCAACACAGCAGACACACAACCCCGGGACUCUUUUAUGUUUUGUAGCUGGGACAACAAAAUGUUUUUCUGAAUGGGAUUGAAUGGACUUGUCCUGUGGUCUUGUUUGAGUAACUUUUGCGUCAUCGCGUUAAUGUGAAAGCACACAUAUUUCAACAAUCCCAUCUGUUCCCUUUGUCAUUCAUGCUCGCUCUCCUGUUUUCAAAUCCCUUCCAGCACCUUGUGACCUGAUGUGCAUUGAACUGCUCUGAGAACCACAAUCAGAUGCACUCUUGAUGUUUUGAGUGCAGACUAUAGAAGAAGAAAAAAAAAACGAAGACUUCCUAUGACAACUUUUGCAAUAAUAAAAUUGUUUGCAAAUUAUGUA